AUGGCGGCAUCAACGGCGAUGAAAUGGGCUUGGGAAAAACUUGUCAGGGGCGAAUUCAUCAAUGCAAGAAGCGGUUGGGCUUGGCGGAAGCGUACUCCUUACGACCUCACUCAACGAAUAAUAUUGAGCCCUGCUGAGGCCAUUGUUCUAAUGCUCUGUCUAAGGAAACAAGGUAAAGGUCCUUUUCUCGUAGUGUCUCCGCUGUCUGUGUGCGAUCACUGGAUCUCGGAAGUUACUAGGUUCUCAUGUGGAACGUUGAAUCCUAUUGGUUACUACGGGGUUGAAAAAGAAAGGAAAGCUCUGCUCAAGGAAAUCAAGAAACUUCAGCGAAACUCCGUGUUUAUUGUGCCCUAUCAUGUUUUUCGUGAUGAUUCGGAAAUAAUCGCCAAGCUUGAAAAGAAGUCAAAACUUACUUUCGAUGUUGUGAUCGUCGAUGAAGCACAAGCUAUUAAAAACUCAGAAACUCAGCUUGCCAACAAAUUGAAGCCAUACCGAGGUUACGCUUGGUUUCUGCUCAUGACUGGAACCCCAUUACAAAAUCACUUGGGCGAACUAUACUCUUUGCUCACUUUCGUAGAUCCUAAACGUUUUAAAGACAGAAUUUCUGCCAAGGAAGAUUUUAUGGAAUUGUAUAAAAAAGACGAGAAAUUGUCCGAGUUAAGAAAAAUCCUCUCUCGAUAUAUGAUUCGGCGUACAAAAGAUGUCGUGUGCAAGGAGCUGCCAUCAUGUGAACAAGUGAUCAUUUACCACAACAUGACCGAACUGCAGAAAAAAAUCUAUUUGGACCUAAUAUCCGAGCAUUAUAGUAAGUUUGAAUCGUUUUCCGAUUUCAUUUUCAAAUCCUCAUUUUUUUUCAACGAAUUGAUGCAUUUCUCGGUCAGCAAUCCUUCUCUACUUCCAAAUAACGCCAAGAACCGAUCCCCUUGGGAACAAAUGCUUGGUGACAGGUGCUAA